CAUUACUGGGCGGCGCCAUACUUUGGCUUUGACAGUUUAAAUUGUAAACGACAUCUACUGUGAACUUCAAGAACUAAUUCUGGCGUAAAGCUUUGAAAACAAGCUGUGAGGGUGCGCCGAGGUGGUUGGGUAAGUAUCAGAAGGGUCGGGGCAUAGAGUGUAGGUCGGGGUUGGUCGGGAUUCUCCGGGUGACAGCUAUGGGCCGCUGGGGGGCGAGCAGGGACAUUGACGCAUAGUUGAUGGCUUUGGGAUUGAUACGGAAGCUGAAGAAAGAUUGACUGAAAUAGCAGAGAAAUUAAUGCAGUGGUUUGAUAGUGGAGAAGUUUCAUUGCUUGUUUCUUUCGAAUUUAUGUGGCAUUUGUAAUGUCAGAUUCAGAAAACGAAACGACAGAAACUCAGUUGAAAAUCGUAAUUCUGGGCGAAUGUGCCUGUGGAAAGACUAGCAUUGCAUCCCGUUACUGUCAUGAUGAAUUUGUACGUCAGUAUUAUCCUACAUCUGGUGUAGAUUUCUUUCUGAAGAAGACAAUGCUCUCUGGAGGUAGAAAUGUUACUCUCCAGAUCUGGGAUGUUGCAGGCCAUGCAUUAUCUGGAAACAUGUUAGAUAAAUAUGUAUUUGGAGCUAAUAUUGUGUUUUUAGUUUUUGACAUAACUAAUAUUACAAGUUUUGAGAAGUUGGAACAUUGGUUGAAUGCUGUUCGACAUUUCACUACAACUCAGCAGCGUAAACCCGCAAUUAUUGUAGUUGGAAAUAAAUGUGACUUGGAACACCAACGACAGGUGAGGCCAGACAAGCAGAACAGAUUUAUUCAAGAAAAUGGUUUAGUUUGUCAUCUAGUUUCUGCACGCACAGGAGAAAUGGUUUCAUUGUGCUUCCAAAGAACUGUUGCUGACUUUCUGGGCUUGAGAUUGUCUAGAGCUGAGCAAGAGGAACAACAGCCUGUAAUGAAAGCUGAAAUUGUUGAAGCUGCUCCGGUGGAAACCAAAGUGGUUGUCCAACCAGUUACAUCUAAAUCAUCAGUUUGUAGUGUUCAGUAAGAGUUUUCAACAUUUAAAUCUGUUUAUUGAGAGAGCUGUUAUCUAGUAUCAUUUAAAGAAAAUUGAAAUAAGUUGCUUUAAGAAUUCAGCCUUUGAAAACAUUGAUAGGUUCAGAAGAAAUACACAUUUAUUGUGUUACUUGUACUUUUGAAACAAAAAUGCUUAUAUUUUUUAUAGUGAUUAAGAAGUAAUUUAAGUUUAUGCAAAUUUCGCCUUUUCACCUUUUCACUUUUCUUUUUAUUUGUAUGUUAAAGCAUCUUGAGACCUUUAAUGCAUUUGAAUGUAUUGGUUGGUGUGUUUACAUUUUAUUCACUAUGAUGACCAUUCUCUGUUGCCGGAAAUGAAUUGUUCAGAUAGUGAUUAUUUUUCCUUAUAUUCAUUAUUUUCAGUUUCCUUCUAUAUCCAUUAUUUGGCCUUUUGUCUUACUCAUAGUUCUUGACCAAUCAAAGUAUCUUUCUUAUUAUUAAUGACAGUUAUUUGGAAUGUAUAUAGCGAGAAGAACUGUGAUGCAGUUUGUAUUUCAGCCUCUCUAUUCUCGUUUUUAUCUGCUGUGAGAUUUUAAUUUUCUGUCUUCAGUCUUCUGCUGAAAGCAAUUGAAACACACACUUCUAUUUUGAUGAGAGCUACUAGAUCCAUUUUGUAUCUAAAGAGCUUUUUAAUUACUUCUUUUUUGUUUUCAAUUUAUUCUGAAAUUUUAAUGUUCUAUUAAUUCACAAUAGUGGGGUUGUGAAUUGUUUCUCUUGGAAAUGUCUAUUAGAAAUACACAGAAAUACUUUCCGGCCUUGAAAACUAAUAUCAUUGAAGGAAAAGAAGUCUAAGAUUAAAUCUAAUAAAAAAGAUUACAUGAGAAAUGAGGCUCCAGUAAAUAGAAGCAUGCAUGUUAAACUAGUAACACUUGCCCAUGAGGCAAAGGCAACCAUUGCAGUUUAAAUGUAAGUUUGGGUAAAAGAUAAGAGAGUGAAUAACUGUUCUUGUACUAAACUCCUAUGGUCAGUGUGAAGAAUUUUAGUGGCCUUCCGUCAGCAAAACGCUGAGGCAAGAUGUAAUAUUUUCUUCAAGUUGUCUCAAGUCAUUAUCUUAAUCACACACUCGCUUUCUUAUAUUUGAAAUCUUUUCAGUAUCAAUAACUCUCUUCUUCCCUUCCCAGUCCACUGCACUUCGAAUGCUCACAGAAGCCCGUGAAGGUUACUUAAGUUACUAAAUCACUGGGCUUGCUGGUUGUGAUAUUAACACUUAUCGGCUCAGAAGUAGGACACAUAACACUACAAAUGAAAGAAACAAGAUCUUGGCCUAUCCCUUUCCAGCAAGAAUUUGGACCAAUGUAUGGACCAUUCCAGCUGGCUUUUUUGGUGAUGUUUCAUGAAAUCCACAGAUAUUGAUUAAUUUAAAGAAGUUAAAUUUGCUUUAGAUAUGUCUAUAAUUCUUUAAUAAUAAAUUAUUAUAAAUAUAAUAUUAUAAAUAUAAAAUAAAUAAUUAUAAAUAAAGUUUUGAAAUGUGUCUAAAAGAAGACAUUUUAGGAAGCCAUAGGACUCUGGAGGGUUGUAUUUGUUAUUACUUAUGUUUAAUUAGAAAUGUCAGUUGCAUGCAAAUAAAAUACUUGUCACACCACUUGUUGUACACUAGAAAAAAAUGAAUAGUAGGACUAUUUGAGCUAAUGUGGGUUGAUUCCAUUUCGCAUUGUCUGUAGCUGUAGAUGCAGAAUAAAAAUAACAAAGAAUUAUUAAGAUAUAAUAAUAUGCCAAAGAUGUAUUUGUAAAUCCGUCCAGUAAAUAAUGUUAUUAUUUAUAAUGUUCAUACCGUAAGCGACAAUCUAAUUGUAAUUGGUGAAAAUAAGUGUUUCGCUAAUCAUUAUUUUCUGUAGUGUCUUCAUAAAUGUUAGGACAUUGGUUUUUAUGAAAAUGUGAUAAUUUUUUCUUUUCAUCUUAUUUUAAUUUCAUUCUCUCUGUCAUUGUGAAGAAAUAUUAAGAAACAUAAGAAAUUAUUAUUAACAUUAUUAUCAUUACACCUUAAUGCAAAUGUAUUUGCUAUAUCUAUUUAUUUUAUAUUGCACAGAAGUUUUAUAACACAGUUAAAUUUGUAAUAUAUUAUUAAAUGACAGUUUCAUUGUACAAAUUGAUGUGUAUAGAACUUAAGAUACAGCACUAAUUUAGGACUGAAUUGAUAAUACAUUGCUUUCUGAUAAAUAUUCUAACUUUUCAAUUCACUGAUAGAAGAGAUUAAUAUAUUUAACAUGCUGUCAGUGAUAUGUAUUGAAAGAGAAAUUUUGCUGAGAUAUUUUUCAAAUGAAAUUUUAAUGAAUUUACAAAGACCUGUAAUUUUCACUGCGAGUUGAAGAUCAAAAGAUUUUUUUCAUGAAUAAACCAGUCAUUGUACAUAGUAUAUGCUUUUGUUGUAAAUGGAGAAGAGUUUUCCAAAAGUCCUAGUUUUUAUUGAAAAAUUUAUUAUCUAGCACGAACUAUACUUUCAACUUGUUGGCUGGGUCAAUCUAUGGUUGACUCAUCUAUGACUUUCUAUGGUUGACUUCAUCUAUAUCAACUCCGGCCGCGGAAGCCUACGCAACCUAUACUUUCAACUUGUUCUGGGAAAUGAGAUCUUUUCAGUUGUUUAGUGAAAAGGUAUCACUCUGCUAGCUUUUUCACAUUUUCUGACAAUUUCUAAUGUAUAAUUUCUUGAGUUUAGGUAUAUUAAAAUAAGUUAUUUAAAUUGCCAACAUUUUGGCUUUUAUGAAGCCUUUAUCAAGGCAGUUCUUAUAAAGUUAGCAUAUUAACAAUUAUUUCUCCUUCCACUCUCUUUUAUAAUCCAUGACAGUAACACACUGAUUGUGCACUAAUUAUGCAUGUCCUUACACUCCAUAUCUGCUGCCAAUAUCACUAGAUAGAUAUUCAUAUUGAAUUCGGGAAGCAGAAAGUUGAUUUUGUCUGGUGAUGUUGGUGUCACCAGAUAUGUAGUAAGGCUUUCGUGAGGCUGAACUCCAGUAUAUUGCAUGCAGUCAGUGAUUGUUACUGUAAUGGAUUAUAUGAGAGAGUGGAGGAUAAAAUUGUAAUGUUAAUACAACUUUACAAGAAUUGUGCUUAUGAAGGCUUAACCCAGGAGUGCUUACAAUAGAUCUGCGAGAACCAAGCCACAGCAAUUUUAUGUUUUUGAAUUAUUGUGAUGCAUAAUAUUGUCGCCUGAUAUGUCGUGUAUUCCUCCAUUGUACUUUUCUGAAAACGCCUGACCUUCUGUUUUUAUUCUUUCAUUGAAUCAUCCUGUAUCUUGAAACUUAAUCAUUGCGCUGCAUGAUAUCUGUCAGAUACAUUGUUUGCAGUGGCGCCAAUGCAUUCUGAACUUCUGGCGUAAGCGGUACAAGGCGUUAUUUUCAGCUGUGACUAUGAGAAGUACCAACAGCAAAAGUAAUCAUUUUUCUUAUCUAAAAUAUAUUGUUACAAUUUCUUCCCAAAGAGAAAGAUGAUGUGCUGGGGAUAUCUGUACGAAAGAAAAUGCGAACCUCGCAAAACGGAAACAAGACAGACUUUCUAAAUAAUUUUGUGAAAAAUUAAAAAUAUGUUUGUUGAGAACAUGCCAAAAUUAUUUGUGUAAAUUGUUUUUAAUAUUAUUUAAUAAGAUAAUAAGAUGCUUAAUAUUUUUUGUGUACUCUGUCAAGUUUUACCUUACUCAUCAUAAGUAUUCAGAUAAGAUUUCUGCAUUGUAGGAUUCAUUAACAACUGCAAACUAAAUAAGAUAUAUAUUUCAGAAAAAAAACCUUCAGAACUUUUGCAUUCACAAAAAGUUGCAGCUAUAUCUGACAGAUACACGGCGGGCACUGGUCUGAGUCUGCCUAUUGCGAGCACUCCCAGGUUAAUAGAAAACAAAACGCUGGGAAUUUAUUCAAUUUAUUUACAUUGGAUCUAAACUCAAGAAAAAUAUAUAUAGAAAUUUUAAUAAAAAGCCAAGAAGGAUAGCAUGUGUGACACCUCUCAAUAUUGCACUAGAAGAAGAGAAGAAUGAUAGAAGCAAAAUAGAAUUGAAAUGAAUAUGUAAACGAUGAUAGAAAAGUAUCCAUUUUGGAAAUUGCAAGUGAGAUAUGUAUAAAGGGAAGAAAUUAAUGUAUUAAUUACGUAGUUAUAUUUGUUUAUUUGGAAACACUAACCAAAAAAAUUCGGUUUCUUUUCUGGUUGCUUUAGCAGGGUUAGGAAAUCUUCAGGGAAAAGUGCAAACCCAAAAUAGAUCACAUCACAAAGUAGACGUCUGGAUCAAUGGGUAGGUAAUAUGUAUAAAUUUGUACCAAGACAAAAUAAAUAUAACGAAAUUCUCAAAAGAACAGUGCCUGAUAAAGAAAAUCUAAAAGCAUUUCUUUAAGAUUGACCUUAGACUAUACUUUUAUACAGUUUAUCCUGCUUUGAAAAAAAUCUUUUCCUCUUUUUUUAUCUUUGAUCUUUGUGACUCAUGCAUAUCAGUAAUUCUUUCCAGAGUGAAAAUUGUUUAAUUAAUAACUUGCAAUACAGGUAUCUCAGUAUAAUUGUUAGAAACUUAUAGGGCAUGUAGAAAGAAGCAAGAUAAUUACUUUUCCUCAAUGAACAUGUGAGAAGUUUCAAAUAACAAAGUUACACUCAUGACAUUUGCAGUGAUAGUUUCCAAGGUCACGUACUGAUGUGAUCAAAGAGAGUCUGUGAAAUUGCCGAACACUGGUAUAUGCGAAGUUGCUCACAGGAAACAGGAAAUUUUUUCGUAUGUGCAACUUUAUUAUGUGAAAUUUCAGACCACAUGUUCAUUGACAAAAAGUGGUCAUCUUCAACCCCUCACGUGCCCUAGAAAUCUGUAAUAUUUAAUUUGAGACACGAUAUAAUGCAUAAAUAUUUGAAUUUUUUGUUUUUAUUUGUGUUAAUAAAUUAUAGAUAAACAUUUCAGUUGAUGUUUCAGUGAUCUGAACAUUCACUCUGUGAAUAAUUUUAAUGGUAUGGAAAAUUGUUAUAAUUGUCAUUUAUUUUAUUUUUUGAUUUUAUUUUCUUUUCUUACAGCUGUGAUUACUGACUUUACAAAAGUUGCAUUUCACACUCUAUUUUAUGGUAGAUACGUUUUCAUGCAGAAAUAAAUUAUUGUGCAUGCGUCCAUCAGUUAGCGAUCUGAAGUUCCUGGGAGAGCACGCCAAGACACCUGGUCUCCACGAUCUGUUCGUCGCUGCGGUAGAAGAUACAAGCGUUAUGGCGCACUGCUCUACUGAAGAAGGUGCGAGCGCAGAGACGGGAGGGCUGAGCGAGGAGCUGCUGGCGGUGAUGCUGCCGCGCGUGCUGCUGGUGGCGCACUGGAACCACCCGCACACGUGCGCCGCUUGGGGGUGCCGCCGCACGGAGCUCGGCGCCUGCAACCACGCGCACGGCCCGCUCACCAAGGAGCACCUGCGGCGCCUCGACUCGGCCUGCCCCGGCUGCAGCUUCGUCGCUGCCCACAACUCACAGGUGGCGGAGUUUGCGCUGCGCAGGUUGGACGAGGAGGAGCGGGCGGCGGCUGAAGGCGCCGGGGCGCAGGCGCCGGUGGAGGCAGGAGCUCGAGAAAUUCCAGCCUCCGAUGAUUCGUGGCAGAAGCGAGUUGCUUCAUUUCAGCCCCAUCACAUUUGUUCAAAGUGGAAGCUAUCGACUACAAGUAGAAAGGAUGUUUUGGAAAACUACUGUGUUGCAAAUGUGAAUGAAGAAGGAUCUUGUUGCAAAGGGUCCUGUUCUCCUCAAGUCCAAAAUUUUUUAGCCCUCAGAUCUAAAAUACCUGUCAGUCCGGAUUAUAACUCUGAAGAAAUAAAAGAUGCAAAUGAUCCACCUUGCCCUGGGUGCUAUGUUUUUCAAGCACAUGAAGAGUUUAUGAAUUUUUAUUUGGAAGACAGUGUAGAUGUUCCACAAAAGGGAAAUAUCAAAACCUCAGAAGAUGGUCAAAACUCUGCAAAAAAAAAUGCAAGUAACAAUGAUGAUGUGGAGUUUCUGCUAAUUUUAGCACAACAAAUGAUGAUGUUAAAUCCCUUAAACUUAUUUUAUGAUGAAGAUGAUGACGAAGACGAUGAUGAGUACUUUUUGGAAUGUAGACAUCGUAGUGCUGGAUGAAAAAAAUUUCAAACUAAUUUUCUUUGUAAUUCUUACAUUCACACUCCGUAGAGAAAUAAUUUUAGAGGAUAUUAAUGCAUCACAUAGCUUCUGAAUUACUUGCCUCAUUACUAAUUAUAAUUCAAAAUAAAGUGUAAAAAUGUACCUGUCAUAAAUCAAACUCCCAACAUUAAACACCCAUAAUGUAUUACAAAGAGUUUCUUUUGUGGCUUUUGUGACAUUUAUUGUAACAUACUAAUUCCUUUGAAGACUAAACUUACCAUUAGAUGUUACCACAAUCAUAUGUUGACAAAAACCCUUUUUAUUUAUACAAUAAAAUUUUGUUUUUGUUCUUAAAACAAUUCAGAGAAAUCAUGUAGAGUUUGUCACCAUCAAUUUACAUCCAUUCCCACUCC